AUGGCGGAGGCUGAGUUCCAGAGUGGUAGCCAAGAGCCUGUCUCGCCAAUGGGUUUCCUCGUCGGGGCGACAGACGAAAGCAAAGCCGGCAACGGCAUCAAUAUGUUGCCUCCCUUUGCCCGCUGCGUCGUUGUGGCUAAUUUGUUCGCACGCUGCAUGACACAUGGCAAGCUAGGUAUGCAAUCUACGCCCAUAUCUGCACCAGAUUCGCAAGACUUUUGGCAGAGACACCAGUGGCUUGCAUCAGCGGCCGCGAAGGCGUGCGAAACCGAGGAGUCACGAUGUGACCCAAUGCUGGUAUUCACUCGCAUCUUGGGUUACAGCGUGUGUCUGUCCCUAUGCAGCAUAGCAAAUGCCACAUCUUGGCAGACGCUGGAUCACCACCUGAUGGCAAUGGCGUGCAAACCGGCAGGGCACCAAGCCGCUUCCGAAGUAGUUGGCAUCAUUAAAACUGCUCCGCGUAUUGCAUUCUUCAAGGUAUUUUGUGCCCGUGUAUACCUGACACUCGCCAGGCUUGCUGUGGAUAUGCACCCUUUCUUCCCAAACGCCAUCGCCCUGGUGGCAAGGUUUCUCAAUGCCGAAGUCCCUUAUUCACCUUCAACUCGAAGUACAGUGGGUGCAGUCCAGGGAAGACAAGAUGCCGUCAAUGACUUGCGCAGCGCACUCCGACGCAUAAGUCAAGUGAACAAGUUGGCUGCAGAACUAUUGUACAAACUGAAAUUGGACAUGGGACAGGCAAUGAAUAAUCACAAUGCGAGUCAAUUGGACCAGACAGGCGAUACAUGGACGUGA